ACCCUUGCUGUGCCUCUCACAGCCCCCUUCAGCUGGGUUCAGCUGUCGCACGCAAGUUUGUACAAAAGCUGGCUGACCCGCGCCGUUCGUCUGACCCUCAUCUGUUUGGUGUCCUGUCGUUCAGCCUUUCCUGUUCACCUGCAUUUGGAUUGUUUUGCCUCUCAGGACUCAACGACCUACGAAUAACAGUCGCUGCUCUGCGCAAUCGAUAACCAUCAACCUCUGACGUCGCGUAUCGAAGCACUCUACCAAACACUCACUCUACACCAACACCGCAAACAUGGGGAAAGCAGGGCGCAUCGCGUGUAUCAUCACGCCCAUGGCGUUGACAAUCGCAUCGCUCGUUUGUCUGCUCAUCGUCAUGAUCGGGCAGCUGGGCAACAACGGCAAGGCUCCCUCGACAUCGCUGGGACGCGACCUGUACUUCUUCAAGGCAGACACAAGUAACUUCACAGGCAACUCGCAAACCAUCCUCAACAAAGUCGAGGGCGCUUCUUCCAAGGAAUUGAAGGACUUCUACCAAGUCGGUCUGUGGUCGUACUGCGAGGGCGAAAGGACCGAUGGCGUUGAGAAGAUCACAUAUUGCUCGUCCUCCAAGACUCAGUUCUGGUUCGAUCCUAUCGAAGUUUGGGGGCUCAAGAACACUACUGUGCAGAACGUGCUUCGCGAUGACUUGCAGAAGGGACUCAACACGUACAAGAAGGUUGCUGGCUGGAUGAACUGGGCUUUCAUUAUUGCGACGGUUUUGACUGCUGCCGAGUUCGUUGUUGGGUUCUUUGCGAUUUUCUCGAGAUGGGGAAGUCUGGUUACCACUAUCCUCUCAACCGCCUCUUCUAUCUUCGCCGUCGCCGCCGCCGCAACCGCCACCGGCGUCUACGGCGUCCUGACCGGCGUCUUCCACACCGCGCUCGAGCCCUCCAACAUCGACACCUCCAUGGGCAACAAGAUGCUGCAAGUCAUGUGGGUGGGCGUUGCGUUCAGCAUCGCGUCUGGUCUCUUCUGGACAUUGAGCGUGUGCUGCUGUUCUGGUAAGAGCGGAAGCAAGAAGAUGGCGGUUGAGAAGACGCCGUACACGUAUGAGCGUGUUGCCAGCCCAGCGUUUGGUCAGCAGGGUCAUCAGUUGCAGACUGCGCCUGCGUUUAAGCCUAGUGGGCAUGGGCAGAGUGGGACUGCGUAUGAGCCGUACCGUGGUCAGGUGUAAGACAUGAUGGUUGGAGUAGAGGGCGACUUCGAGGGAGAAAGAAGAAGGUGAUGCAUUUCACGACAUCCACGACAUGAUUGUGCGAUUCUU